UAUUUAAACUUCUUAAAAUAUUUUUUCCGUGGUCAUAACGUCAAUGGCCCUGUUGGCAUCCCCAACAUUAAAUUUAUAUUUUUUUUUGUGUGACAACACUUUUGUCACUUCCCUUCCCUUCUUGCUCUCCAUUCAACUACUGUAAUGUGAACACUUUUUUGUACGAAUUUAAUUAAAUUCAGUGAAUUGUGCCUACUUCUGGACGUUUCAUUCUCAGCCUUCGCCUCAGAUAACCAGCCCUCACAGCCAUUAGGAACCUUACACCCCAAACCUAACAUUGGUCCUUCGAAAAGACUGAGGAAAAGGACGAAGAAACGAAGCCAACCGCAGUGUGUGUUACGUGUGCAGUUAAAAAAUCUCGUACGAGUAACUCCUUGAGCAGUAAAACCAUACGCCAAGGACAACCGACGUGAUUCGCCACGUGAAGAAGCGGCGUGAAGUGCCAUUUACAUUCAGUCAGUGAGCUGCAAGAAAACAUCUUUUUUCCAACGGGAGUCAUCCAUUUUAUUUUCUAUUGCGUCAUCAUUUUUACAUUCUACGCAUAGAACAUUUCUACGUGACACGACAUCAAUCAAGCAAGAAGGUAAUCUCGACCAUAAACAUAUGUGGUUUAGGGACGUAAUCAAGAAUUCAAGAGGUCGCGAAAUUCUGCGUGCAUCGUUGAACACCCGCGCUCGCGCCUGCCGCCGACGACUUCCGGCCGACGCCCAAUCGCCAUCUUGUUUCUUCUUCGCGUCGAUUGCUCACCUUGUUUCGUGCCACGUCGUAAUAAAAUAUUUUUUCAGAGACUAAUUAUAAUUAGAUCUAGUAAUAUUUUUAAGAUCUACGUAACUAGUUUUUAUAUAUUAUUGUGUUGUGCUAGAAAAAGCUGCGUUACAACUUGCAAAAUGGAAACGGAUUUGUCAUCAGGUAAACAAAUUGACCAUAAUAUAUCCACCUUAAACAGGCAAAGAGGCUCACUCAAAAGUUCAAUUACUAAAUUAUACAAUCAAUUAAAAGACACAACUUCUGAACCUCAAUUGACACGGGAGGCCCUUCUUGUUAAAGAAGAACGACUUCGUAAUUUGUUCAGCCGUUAUGAAGAAUGUAAUUUUCAGAUUAUGGGUUUUGAUCCCAGUGAUAAAGAGGAUUCAGACGUUGUCGAAAGUAAAUACUUGCACACGUUAACGAUUAUUAAACAAUUAACCUCACUUUCUUUGUCUAACGAAAGUCAAAGUCAAAAUAGUUCUCGUCAUUAUGUGCCAACUAAGUUACCUGAAAUUACAGUGCCACAUUUUACGGGAAAGUACUCAGAUUAUAGAACCUUCAUGUGCCUUUUCAAUUCUAUGGUGCAUGACAACAUUCAUUUACAAGAAAUACAGAAACUUUAUUAUCUGAGAACUUUUCUGCGGGGUGAACCAUUAGAUUUGAUUAAAAUGUUGCCUAUGGUCAGUGAAAGUUAUGCUGAAAGUUUACAAAUAUUGAAUGACAGGUACAACAAUGAAUAUAAAAUCAGAAAUGAGCAUAUAUCUAUGUUAUUGGAUAUCCCACAAGUUUCAAGGUCAACUGCUCAUCAUAUUAGACAGUUUAUUUCAAUUGUAAAACAACAGUUAGCUGCUUUAAAAAAUUUAAAUUGUAAUGUACAAGAGUGGGACCCAAUCAUUUUGUGUGUGUUACUACGGAAACUAGAUUUCUUAUGUAAUAGGGAGUUUCAAUUGGUGCGGAGUGUCGAUACACCAACCGUUCAAUGUCUCAUAACCUUUCUAGAGAAACGUGCAUUAGCACUUGAGAACUCAGAGCGGCCUUCUUCACUCCAUGAGAAGCAGACAGCACCGGCGAGGAUGGUAGCUGCAGCAGUGAAGAGCCAGCCUCCAGCUGUGAAGGAUCAGCCUCCAGCUGUGAAGGACCAGCGUUCAGCUGCAGACCCCGUGAUGACCAAGCCGCAACCAUCAUGCUUACUCUGUGUUACUGCAACAUGAGCCUGUCUCCAUCCAGUCGCCUGCACCUUCAGCACCUAAUGCGUCACAGUCUGCACCUACACCAACACUACUCAGCACCCAGUUUGGCCAUGUCAUAGCGGGUAACCUCCCCAGCCUUCCUGCUCACCCCUCAAAGUCAAACAAGAAGGUGGUAUCUUUGUUUUGUACUACGUGUGAUUCUGAUCUUAACGACACUAUGUCACUAUUCUGGAAGACUGAAGAUGUGCCUCAGGUAUUCACAGAAAAAGUGUCAGAGCACGAAGCAUGUGAGCAAAUGUUUCAAGAGAAUGUACAAUUAACUAACAACCAAUUUGAAGUUGCCUUACCAUUAAAGUUGCCUCUCGACUCUGUCAAUGAUACUCUGGGAGAUUCCUUGUACCUUGCAUUAAAGAGAUUUCAUAAUUUGGAAAAUAGGCUGCAUAAAGAUCCAGUUUUAUUGAAAUUAUAUAAAGAUUUCAUUCAUGAAUAUUUAGAGUUGGGACAUGGAUCUAAAAUUGACAUUGCACAAUAUGAUUUAAAUUCAGAUCCAGUUUAUUUUUUGCCCCACCAUCCUGUAGUAAGAAUGGAUAAGAAAAGUACUAAAUGCAGGGCUGUAUUUGACGCUUCAAUGAAAACAAAUAAAAAAGUGUCACUUAAUAAUUUGCUUUUAAAUGGUCCUGUAGUACAGAAAGAAUUGUUCGACAUUUUAAUUCUAUUUCGAUUCGAACAAUAUGUAUUUGUCACUGAUAUUAAACACAUGUUUAGGGCAGUUAGUCUUAAUGAAAAGUAUCGCCCAUUGCAAAACAUUCUCUGGCGUGACUCGCCAGACAACAAUGUUGAAUGUAUUCAGCUAAAUACCGUUACGUAUGGGCUAAAAAGCUCGUCGUAUUUAGCCACUCGUUGCUUAAUAGAAUUAGCUGAUCGAUAUGCAGAGGAUUUUCCAUUAGCAUCAUCCAUUCUAAAGAAUCAAACUUAUGUAGAUGACAUUUUAGCUACCAAUGAUUCCUUAGACGCAUUGAUAGAGUCGAAAGAGCAACUUUGCAAGCUUCUGGACCUGGGAGGCUUCCAGCUACAUAAGUGGUCUUCUAAUAGAGUUGAGGCUUUGCACGACAUACCGACAGACAAACAGUAUUUCGACUCUAUUGACUUAGAAAAAACUAAUUUAUGUAUAAAAACGUUAGGUGUUAAUUAUGACAUUAAGUCUGAUACACUUACCCUUUCUGCGCCUAAUACAGGCACUAACAUACCUGACACUAAGCGGGAAGUACUCAGUUUUAUAAGUAAGUUCUUUGAUCCGCUAGGCUUGGCGGGCCCGCUCGUUGUAAGUGCUAAGGUCAUUAUGCAAAAGCUUUGGGAAGCACGUCUUGAAUGGGACUCCAUACUUAACGAUGAUUUAAGAAAGCUAUGGCGUGAGUUUUAUGAAAGUCUUUCAAUUAUGGCUCCCAUGAGUUUCAAUCGUUAUGUCUGCUUACAAAAUGCAACAUGUCUGCAACUGAUAGGUUUCGCCGAUGCCUCGAGUUCCGCUGCUUACGGCUGCUGUGUGUACCUGCGUGUGGUUGACUCAACAGGUAAUGUGAAUGUUUCCUUACUCUGUUCGAAGUCUCGCGUCAACCCCAUCAAACAGAGUCUCACCGUGCCGCGACUGGAGCUCAAUGCCGCACUGCUGCUUGCGAAGCUUAUCACCAGAGUGCAUGAUACACUCUCAUUAAAAAAGACCAUUAACAAUGUUGUAUUAUACUCCGACUCACAGAUUGUUCUGGCUUGGAUACAGACUAAUGCUGCUAAAUUAAAUACUUAUGUAGCAAACAGGGUAAAGGAGAUCUCCCAGCUCACCAGUAAGUAUACAUGGGCAUAUGUAAACACGCACGAGAAUCCUGCCGACUGCCUGAGCCGAGGCGUCCUACCCCAUGAGCUCGAGAGUAACCAGUUGUGGUGGACAGCACCUUUAUUCCUCCAUGACAGUAAGUAUGUUGCUCCCCAACGAGAGCAGUACACGGCCGACGGUCUACCCGAGGUGAGAAGGAGCUCUGAGUUCUCUAGUGCAAUGGUUUGUACUCUCUCUGAUAAGGCAGACAUAAACCUUGAUUUUCUUGAUAAAUAUUCAGAUAUAAAUAGAAUGCAAAGGGUUCUUGCUUACAUUUUACGUUUCUGUAGUAACACACGCACAAAAACUGAUAAAAUAAAACAUAAUUUCAUAUCUAGUUCUGAAUUAAAUAGCUCAUUAAAUUUAAUAUUAAGAUAUGAACAACAAAAGUUCAUGAAAAACGAAUUAUAUUCUUUAAAAUGUAAUAAUACUGUAAAGGGUAAUAUUAAGGCCUUGUAUCCAUUCAUUGAUGACAGUGGUUUAAUAAGGGUAGGUGGCCGAUUGCAUAACGCCAAUAUUCCUUAUUCUCAAAAACACCCCAUUGUCCUGCCUAAAGGUUCCCGAGUAACAGAGUUAAUUAUUAGAAGCGAGCAUGAGAAAAACCUUCACGCGGGACAGCGACUUGUUCUCUCAUCAAUGAAUCAAAAAUACUGGCUGCUUAACGGUAUUCGUGAAAUCAAAAAGGUCAUACACAAGUGUAUUGUAUGUUGGAAAUUAAAAAAGAAUGUAUCUCAACAACUGAUGGGUUCUUUACCACAUGACAGAGUGAAUGCAUGUCGUCCAUUUCAGAAAAUCGGUAUUGACUUUGCUGGCCCGAUAAGCGUCAAACAAUCAACGAUACGUCGGUCUGUCGUAUCAACAGGCUAUAUUUGUGUCAUAGUCUGCUUCGUUACAAAAGCAGUACACUUAGAAUUGCUCUCUGAUAUAAAAACAGAAUCAUUUCUUGCCUGUUUUGACCGCUUCAUUUCCCGUCGAGGCCUUCCUACAGACGUAUACUGUGACAAUGCAUCCACUUUUAAAUGUGCAAAAACCAAACUUGAUGACUUUUAUAAAUUACAGACUUCCAAAGCUCACCAAUCACAGGUACAAGGAUAUGCAUCUCAAAAAGGCAUAAAUUUCCAUUUUAUUCCUUGCUAUUCGCCCAUUUUUGGUGGUCUUUGGGAAGCUGGUGUUAAAAGUGUGAAACACCACAUGAAAAGAGUCGUUCAGAAGGCAUUGUUAACCUAUGAACAGUUACAUACUGUACUAUGUAAAAUUGAAGCUAUUCUAAACAGCAGGCCUUUAAUUCCGUUAUCAAAUGAUGUUAAUGACUAUUCUUAUUUAACACCAGGCCACUUCCUGAUUGGAACAGCUUUAAAUUCCUAUCCAGAGCAAGAUGUAACAGACAUACCUCAGAACAGACUCAAGUUCUGGAGAAUAUGUACUAGUAUGCAACAAUGUUUCUGGAAAGUUUGGAAUAGACAUUAUUUGAAUAUUUUACAAUCACGUCCAAAGUGGACAGACGUAAUGCCUAAUAUAGAAGUAGGUUCUCUUGUAAUACUCAGUGAAAGCAAUUCACCCCCUUUGUAUUGGCCUAUGGCAAGGGUGACUAAGUUGUUUCCUGGCUCUGAUAAUAUUGUUCGUGCGGUAGAAGUUAAAACAGCUAAUGGGAAUACCCAUACGAGAUCUAUAACUCGCGUAUGUGUAUUACCAAUUAAAUAAAGUUCAUAAUGUAACUUAUUUAAUCAUUAUACAAUUUACUUUCUUAUUUACAAUGUAGACAUUUUUCCUUGUAGUAUACACAUUAUUAUACCUUGUUUUCUAAAGUGUUAGGCUGGGUAAUGUAUACCAUUUUCGUGCUCCCGAGGUGCAGGCGUACUCGCUGCGUUGUCUUUUUAAUUAAUAAUAAUAAGUAUGUACUGUCAAGUGCAGAUGUCAGUAGGUACUACAUACAUUUUUCUUUUAUUUGAAACAUGCGUAUGUUUAAUAUCUAAGUAUAAACGUUAUUGCCUUUCUAUUUACUAGAUAUUAAGUUUAUUAAGCCACCUAUUGUAGGUAUGUUAUGAUAAGGACGUAUGUUAUGUUUAUUAAGUCAAUUUGGACAUGGCAUAUUUUUAAAUAUUCCUUUUAUUUUGUAAUGAGUAUGUGUAAAGUUUUAUUUAGUGCAUGACUGUGUCAAAUUGAUCCUUUUCUUUUGUGAUGAUUAGGUGUAAAAGUUUUUAAAUAGUUAAGUAACUAAAGUUGAACUAGGACAAUGUUGUAUGUUAUGUCAUGGUGUAUGUUAUGUCAAUAGGUACAUCCAUACUUACUGAUAAUUAUUUUUUGUAUCUUACAUGCUUGAAUGCUGUCAUUUAACAUUUUCUUUAAAAAAUGUAAUCUUAUGUUUUACAAAUGUACAACUUCUUUGUCAUAAUAACCAUUUGUAGGCAUAAAUGUUACUAGAUUUUCUUUUAUAUCGUUUUAUAUGCGACCACAUUAUCAAGUUAAUAAAUUAACAUUCUAAAUUUCAUUCAUAAAAUGUUUAGUUUGUUUGAUAGAUUUGUGUUUGUUCAAAGCCACUAGCGUUUGUCACUAUAAUAUUGUUAUGUAAAGUAAUUUAUAGUCAAUAACAAACCUGUUAUUAAUAUGCUAGCUUUUGCUUUGCCAUACAGUUUAGUUUGGCUUUGAAUUGUUUGUAUAAUGUUUAAAGUCAUUAGAAUUUUGGUUUUUUGUACUAAUUGUUUUGUAUAAAAGUACUUUGCUCGUAACUAAAGCUUUCUUUUGUGGCCGCAGCAUGUUGGCAUCCCCAACAUUAAAUUUAUAUUUUUUUUUGUGUGACAACACUUUUGUCACUUCCCUUCCGUUCUUGCUCUCCAUUCAACUACUGUAAUGUGAACACUUUUUUGUACGAAUUUAAUUAAAUUCAGUGAAUUGUGCCUA